AUGUCUGGGUUUUCUGUUCGCAAAGGCCAUGUGAUUAGAAAUCGGGAGCGGCAUGUUUUGCAGCAAACAUUUUUAUGUUCCCGCGAAGGAUUUAGACAUUCGCAGGGUUUAAAUCCGGAAGAUCGACAACGUCAACAAAAGAACACAACAAGACGUGGGUGUAUGGCAAAAUGUAGAGUGCACAUAGACAUCAGAUCCAGAAGAUGGUAUGUCACCGUAUUUGAAUUUGAACACAACCAUGAGCUGUUGAAUGGAACAAUGUGUGGUUUUUUACCAGCAUAUAGGAAAAUGGCUCAAGGUGAUAUAGAUGAGAUUGAGCGCAACCGAACGGCAGGGAUAAGACCAUAUCAGGUGUAUGGUUCGAUGGCUAAUGCAUCUGGCGGUUUCCACAAAGUGGGGUUUGUUAAAAAGGAUUUGUACAACCAAGUUGGGAAACAGCGCAAAGAAGUGUAUUCUGAUACGUGCCGUGCAGUGAGGUAUCUCAGAGAUCUCAGCACCAAAGACCCACUAAUGUUUGUCACACAUUCCAUUGACUUGGAAAGAAGGCUUGAGCGGCUAUUUUGGUGUGAUGGGGAAAGUCGAAAGAACUACGAAAUAUUUGGUGAUGUUGUGGCCUUCGAUGCCACUUACCGGAAAAACAAUUACAAUUGCCCGUAUUGUAACCCGAGAAACCGAAGAGACAUGUGUGGCUGCUGGAACAAUUCUUGA